AUGCCGACAAUGUGGCUUUCAGAUACCCAGAAGAUUGGGGUCGCCUUCUGCUCAGGAGGCGGCCUCUUCCUCAUCGGCGGCGUCAUGAUGUUUUUUGAUCGCGCAAUACCGGCCCUGGGGAACAUCCUUGCCCUUGAAGCCAUCACAACACCCCUGGGCUAUUAG